GUCAGCCACAGAGCAUGCAUGCACAGACACGGCGAGCACUGACACAAAGGAGAGUGAGGAGGCAGGCAGGAUCUCCGGAUUACGCGACAGUAACGUUUUCCUUUUGGGUCUAUGUGGACUGAAAAGUGACACUGACUUCCUGAGAUCUAGUAUGAGUUUGACAGACUUUCUGGGUUAACCGGACGCCCUUACAGAGCGCAAGUUUUCUGUCAGUUUUGUCCUGGACUGAUUGCGCACAAAAGGCAACGAUGGAGGUGCGCGUCCCGGGUUGGUGCGUCCUGUUUGUCCUCAUCCUGCACUCAACGCGCUGCAAGGCGGCCAAGGAGCUCCAGUGCCAGGAGAUAUCCGUCCCUCUGUGCAAAGGAAUCGGGUACAACUACACCUACAUGCCCAACCAGUUCAACCACGACACCCAGGACGAAGCCGGGCUGGAGGUGCACCAGUUCUGGCCGCUGGUGGAGAUAAAGUGCUCCCCGGACCUGCGCUUCUUCCUCUGCAGCAUGUACACGCCGAUCUGUCUGGAGGAUUAUAAGAAGCCGCUGCCGCCGUGCAGGAGCGUGUGUGAGCGGGCCAAGGCUGGCUGCGCGCCGCUCAUGAGCCAGUACGGCUUCCCGUGGCCGGACCGGAUGAGGUGCGACCUGCUGCCCGAGCAGGGCAACCAGGACACCCUGUGCAUGGACUACAACCGGAGCCAGACCACCACCGCAUCUCCCGUGCUGGCCAAGCCGACCAACCGGCCGCUGAAGCCGUACAACAAGAAGAAGAGCGGCUACGGUCGAGGCUUCCCUGGAAAACACAAACCUGCCGCGUCUCCCUGCGAGACGGGCUGCUUCUGCCGCGCGCCCAUGGUGCCCGUCACCUCGGAGGGUCACCCGCUGCACAACCGCGUCAAGACCGGACAGAUCACCAACUGCGCCAUGCCGUGCCACAACCCGUACUUCACCCAGGAGGAACGGACUUUCACGGCGUUCUGGAUCGGAUUGUGGUCCGUCCUCUGCUUCAUCUCAACUUUUGCAACAGUGGCUACUUUCCUCAUAGACAUGGAGAGGUUCAAGUACCCGGAGCGGCCCAUCAUCUUCCUCUCUGCCUGCUACAUGUUCGUGUCGGUGGGAUAUAUCGUCAGGCUGAUCGCCGGACAUGAGGAAGUGGCUUGCAGCAGGGAGAGCGGCGCAGAGCACAUCCACUAUGAGACCACGGGUCCUGCGCUCUGCACCAUCGUCUUCCUACUCAUCUACUUCUUCGGCAUGGCCAGCUCCAUCUGGUGGGUGAUUCUGUCCCUCACCUGGUUCCUGGCGGCUGGUAUGAAGUGGGGGAAUGAGGCGAUCGCCAGCUACUCUCAGUACUUCCACCUGGCCGCCUGGCUCAUCCCCAGCCUGAAGUCCAUAACGGUUCUGGCGCUCAGCUCAGUGGACGGGGACUCCGUGGCUGGGAUCUGCUACGUGGGGAACCAGAACCUGGAUAACCUGCGGGGGUUUGUGCUUGCCCCGCUGGUCAUCUACCUCUUCAUCGGCACCAUGUUCCUUCUGGCCGGGUUCGUCUCCCUUUUCCGCAUCCGGAGCGUUAUAAAGCAAGGCGGCACCAAGACUGACAAACUGGAGCGCCUUAUGAUCCGGAUUGGCGUUUUCACGGUUCUUUACACCGUCCCGGCCACCGUCAUAGUGGCAUGCUACUUUUACGAGCAGCACAACAGGCAAACGUGGGAAAUUACGCAUAACUGUACGUGCGUAACGGACCGCAGCAGGCAGAGGCCGGACUACGCCGUGUUCAUGCUGAAGUACUUCAUGUGUCUCCUGGUGGGGAUCACCUCGGGGGCCUGGAUCUGGUCAGGGAAGACGCUGGAGUCCUGGCGGACUUUUUGCACGCGCUGCUGCUGGGGGAGCAAAGCGUCAGCGGGGUCCAUGUACAGCGACGUUCAUGUGCAGGACUGAUCCUUCAGCACCACGGAAUGAGUUUUCUUCCUUCCCUUUUCUUUGCAUUCUGCAUUAAAUACAGCCGUUUUAUAAUUCAGCAAUAAGCCAGCAGUUAAUUAAAUUCAUGUUAUUUAUUAUGUAAUGUACCCGGCUGCAAAGACCGAAUCAACAUCUUAUCAGAUCAAAGUCUAACUUAUGUUACAACAUAAAAUUUGGAUAAAGUAAAAUAAGAAGCUAUAUUUUACUUUAACAAUUGAAUGCUAACAAUCAGCUGUCAGCCAUGAGUGUUUUUAGGUUUUCUUUGUGUCAGAGAAUCAGUCAGACCAGUUCAUCAGCAGUCUUGGAAACAAUGGACUUUAAUGUUUUACCAGUUCUGCAUUAUUUCUCCAUUGAAAUGGUUAAUUGUGCAUUUACCAAGCUGCCCAGUAAAGCAUGUAAAUGAAAAUGCUAGCUGCUCUUUUUGAUGUAGUCAGUGGCCACAAUGACAAAACAAGAUAUUAUUUCUCUCACUAACUCACUUUCUCUCUGACAGUCAGCAAAAACGAUUAACGCAACUUGAAACUAUUACAGCUAACAAAACUUUCUAGCUAUAAAGGUUUUCUGUAAGCUGCCCCAUUUGUCGACAUGUCCACUAUUGGUUAUUCCUCAGGCCGGCCCUGGCUGUGUGGUACACCUGGGGCUCUUCUUCUUCUUACUGUGAAGAACCGCUGUGUCUUAAACAUCCACAAUGAGAGCGCUCUGCUAGAAGCGAGCCCAGAGCUGAGCUGUUGUUCUCCAUCCAUUCAAUGCCUUAAAACUGCCUCAUACGGGUUGCAUCAGCACGUAUAGAGUGUAUUUAUAUAAUUAUUGCUGUACAUACUUUGUAUAGUUGUAUGUAAUUUCACAAGACUGUAAAUAUGUAUAAUUCCCACUUUGAUAGAAAACUUUAUUUUGAAAAUAAAAAGGA